CCCAGCCGGCAGCAGCACGAAGCGCUGCGUGCUGUCAGGAGCUGCCUGGGAGCCCGACUGCCGCGUCGGAGUUGAGCAAACUUUGCGAUGCCCCACACGGUUGACUCGGGGCGGCUCCGCUCAGCCCUAUUGCAGCCGGGGUCACUCAUCGGCGCGCCCCGAGCCGUUUGAAGUCCGUGAGGUGGCCGUUCCGCGCCCCCCGCGCCCCAUGAAAGCUCAUUCACAUGGUUGUACAUGUUGCUGACCUGAGCAGAGAGUUCAUUCAUCAGAGGGUGGAUUCAGUGAUUCUAUUAAUAUAGCGCAGCCAUACAGACUGUUGCAUUGAGGAAACCGAUGGAAGCAGAGGUCUGCAAUAAAGCCACCUGAAAGUGCUAGCAAGUUACAGAGUUACAGAACAACCAUCUUCUCAAAGGAGUGAACAGAAAGGAUAUUCUCUACUCCCCUUUUUAAAUGAACUGGUACAACGUCUUACAAGGGGAAGACUGAAGCAAGUGCUUUAAAAGAAGAAAGGUUGUGAGCCAUGCCUUUGGUGAAAAGAAACAUUGAACCGAGGCAUCUCUGCCGAGGAGCUCUACCAGAGGGAAUUACUAGUGAGCUGGAAUGUGUAACGAAUAGUACCCUUGCUGCUAUCAUACGCCAGCUAAGCAGCUUGAGUAAACAUGCUGAAGACAUAUUUGGUGAAUUGUUUAAUGAGGCUAACAGCUUCUACAUCAGAGCAAAUUCCCUUCAAGACAGAAUCGAUCGCCUUGCUGUCAAAGUUACCCAGCUGGAUUCAACGGUAGAAGAAGUAUCACUACAGGACAUCAAUAUGAAAAAAGCAUUCAAGAGUUCAACAGUUCAAGAUCAGCAGGUAGUUUCAAAGAACAGCAUUCCUAACCCAGUGGCUGAUAUUUAUAAUCAGAGUGACAAACCACCUCCUCUGAAUAUUCUUUCACCUUACAGGGAUGAUAAGAAAGAUGGAUUGAAGUUCUAUACUGAUCCUUCCUACUUUUUUGAUCUUUGGAAAGAAAAAAUGUUACAAGAUACUGAAGACAAGCGAAAAGAAAAGAGAAGACAAAAGGAGCAAAAGCGUAUAGAUGGCACCACCCGUGAGGUGAAAAAGGUUAGAAAAGCCAGGAACAGACGCCAGGAGUGGAAUAUGAUGGCGUAUGACAAAGAGCUUAGACCUGACAACAGGUUGUCUCAGAGUGUGUACCAUGGAGCAUCUUCCGAGGGAUCACUGUCCCCAGAUACUAGGUCCCAUGCAUCUGAUGUUACAGAUUAUUCUUAUCCUGCCACUCCGAAUCAUUCCCUCCAUCAGCAGAUAGCAAUGCCUUCCUAUGGAACAGGAGAUGGUUCACAGUACGUGGGUGUAUCCCAAAGCCAUGAGCACGAAUACAGACCACCUUCUACCACAGCGCGACACGCUACUUUAAACAGACCUCAGCAGCCGCCUCCACCUCCUCCCCAGCCUGCAGAUGGCCAGCAUAGCUCAGUACCUGUGGUACCAGCAGAAUAUGGGAUGCUUCCAGCUCAGAUGGUGGAUUAUUACAAUCCUGCAGGCCCUCCCCCUCCUCCUCCUCCCCCUAUGAUUCCAUCAGCACAAACAGCAUUUGUUAGUCCCCUUCAGCUUCCUGGACCACCUUCCCAUUCUGGACUGGUGACAGGCUCUGUAUACGUAUCCGCUCAUCCUCCUCCUCCUAGCGGGCUUGUUGUCACUGCUCCUCCUCCUCCUGGCCCCCCUCCACCCCCGCCAGGUCCCCCUGCUGCAGCUUCCUCCCUCUCUUCCUCCCCCAUGCAUGUUCCUCCAGCUGCUGAGGCAAAGCGCCACGAACUUACCCAGCCACCAGUAAGUGAUGCGCGAAGUGAUCUCCUGGCUGCCAUUCGGAUGGGAAUACAGCUGAAAAAGGUGCAAGAGCAACGCGAACAAGAAGCAAAGCGAGAACCUGUUGGGAAUGAUGUGGCAACCAUCCUUUCCAGACGCAUUGCUGUGGAGUACAGCGAUUCUGAUGAUGAUUCAGAAUUUGAUGAGAAUGAUUGGUCAGAUUGAACCUGGUCUGAGCACGGUGGCAAGUUCACGAAAUACUUGGCUUCAGUGAUUGCUUUGGUAGCAAGAUGUAAAGCAGGAUGUUGGCGUGUAUCAAGGCUAGUGAUUGAAAUGCUAAAAUUGAAUUGAUAUUAUUCAGAAUGCUGUAGCUUAGCAACUCUGGUAAUAAUGUGAUUAUGCUUAUGCAGAUCAGAAACUUGUCUUACUUUCAGUAUUUACCGCAUAAUACUUAAGUGCCACUAAAUGUAGCAAAUCAUGUGCUGCGUGCAAAACAUGCUGCAGUUGUUGCACUGUUACAGAACCAGCAUUUUGUUUUACUUUCCUGAUUUUUUGAAGGAUAAAAUAUAUUUUUUUGACUUUGCAUCGUAUUCCUUUAAUUAUGUAAACAACGUAGGUACUUGUGAAUUGGUCUGCUUGUUAGUCUUUGGGGUUGGUUAACUAUAUAACUGGGUGAAGCGUUGUUCCAUAAACCUACAACUUUCAGCUUUUUAUUAGAUGCUAAUUAUGCCCAUGUUAAAAUGCAGUAGACAGUAACUAAAUACCUUCUUAGUCUAUUUUUAAACACUACUGGGCUUAGAUUUUUGCAUACAGACUUGAUUUUAUACAACCUAACCUCUUUUUUUUAAUCUUAAAAAUGUAGCAGAUAAUGAAAUGCAUACUUUGAAGAAUGAAUCCCCUUGAUCCAAAAUUAACCUGUUGGUGAGCAAACUGGAUAAGUUUGUAACAGUGAUAGCUGUAGGGUGCUGGCAGCUUGUUGGGUAGGGUGCUGGGAAGUCUUAGGUAGGUUGUGAAUGUGUGCCCAUGUUGCAAAAUAAAACACCUGUACAGCUUUUCAUUUCCACAAUCAGGGCCAACUAGACACAGAAGUUUCAGGAUAGACCUGAUUGAAACAAUAGGGUUAUUCCAGUGUAGAAAAGGUAACAGUAUUAACACUAAAGAAUGGAACUUUGUCGGUCUAGAUCUAGCAGUCAGAUGCAUUUCACAAGUAUUAAACUUGGUGCUUAUGCCUGUAGGUACAAAUGCUUGUAAAUAAGUUUUUUGUUUGUUGAUUUGUAUAUGUAUAGCCACGAGAGAUUGCUUCCCGUUUCCUGUAGCACACUUACCCAAAGCUACCAUUAUUCUGAAUGUAUUUCCUGCCUCGAACAUUGCAUUUCUGUAGCAUUUGGCAGUUAAAACAGUUUCAAUGGCUGUUUAGGUACUAUGCCGUCUAUAUUCAUUCUUUUUCUCUUCCCCGUGGUAGAGCUGCUGACAUACAGUCUGCUUUGGCAGUUCCUGUUUUCUCUUAAAAUGAUUCAUGGGUUUUUUUCAGUGCAGUAUUGAAAUGGUUUUUUCUUCUGGACUGCUGUUGGGCUGCUGCUUCACCUUGGGAGGCUUUGAAAAGCGUGUUAGGAAGAGGAAGAAUUCAUUCUUUAACAGAUUGCAGUUUUAAUCUUUGUAACAGAAGUCUGUAAUUCCAGGUCUAAACAUUUGUUAAUGCUCCUUUGUUCUGUGUGACCCCACCUGUUCUUAAAAAUAACAAAGAGGGAGGAAAAGGGUAUGUGAAAUGGAAAAAAAUAAAAAUAAACAGAAGACAUACAAGAUAUCUCACCUGUGUUGACACAGUUAACAGUUUUAUUCCCAAGAAUUAACAGUCUAACAUGAUGUUUGCAUGCAAGCUACUGGCUAUUUCACUGCUGUUCAAUCUGCAUAUGACUUUUUGAUCUGGGACGGUUGUUUCUAUGGUCGGGUGGCACUGUGCUGCCUUUGUAUCGAUACUGAAGAUUUAUCAUACCAAGUAUAACCAAUCUCUGCAUAACAGUGAGCAGCUCCUAUUUAGUGGUGGCAGCUGAGGGUACGCAUCUCAGUUUGUUGGAUCUGAUCAUCUUUGCCUUAAAUACAGAGCUCAAUUUUGCUUUAUUUUGUGCUGUGUUAUCUGAGGUCAGUGUGCACACAGGGCAGAAUUUAGGCCACAACUUGAUGACGGCACUGACUAAUACAUGAGUGGAGGUUUGUUCUGAUCAUAGUGAUGCACUUGCAGAGCAGCUUGCAAAAUGAUUCUUCACGUGAGUUGGAUAGAAGUGCGACUCAGACACAGUGCUGCAUUGCUGUACAACUGGGGGGAGUACUCAGUAUUCUUGUACUACGUAUUGAAAUGAAAUAUCUCAGCAGUUCUUUCUUUCCAUUCUACUGAAAUUUGAUAAGACAGAAGAUAUAUUUUAUGAGCACAGAGGACUUGGCUGUAUCAGGAAUUUUGUAAUUUGUGUUGUUUUUAAAUAAUAAAUGUGAAACAAGUGAUCACUUGUGACCGGUUAAGAUGGUGUAGAUUUCCAGUCAUAGUAGCCACCCUGUUUUCCUGAACCUGCAGUGUUGUCAUUUUCCUUUCAGUAUUUUAUUAAUACAAAUGUGAAUUGAAUUUAGUGAUGUGAACUAACAUUCUAGGCUGUUUUUAUCAGUUUUAUCACACUUCGGGUUGUGAAUAAGUAACAAAUACAAAUAAAAUCUCACCUUUGA